GUGGGUACGGAGGACCAGAAGACCAAUAGGUACAGAGGACCAGAGGAACAGUGGGUACACAGGAUCAGCGAACAGUGGGCACAGAGGACUAGAGGAGCAGAAGGCACAGAGAAUUAGUAGUACAGUGGAAAAGUAGGAACAGAGGAUCAGUGAACAGUGAGCAUAAAGGACCAGAGGAACAGUGGGCACCGCAAACCAGUGGAACAGUGGGUACAGAGAACCAGUGGAACAGUGGGUACAGAGGACUAGAGGAACAGUGGACACAGAGGACCAGUGGAACAGUGGGUACAAAGGACCUGAGAAACAGUGGGCACAGAAAACCAGUGGAACAGUAGGUACAGAGAACCAGUGGAACAGUGGGCACAAAGGACCAGUGAAACAGUGGCUACAGAGGACCAGAGGAACAGUGGGCACAGAGGACCAGAGGAACAAAGGGCACAGAGGACCAGAGGACCAGUGGGUACAGAGGACCCGAGGAACAGUGGGUACAGAGUACCAGUGGGUACAAAGGACCAGAGGAACAGUGAGACCAGAGGAACAGUGGGCACAGAGGAACAGUGGAUACAGAGGACCAGAGGAACAGUGGGAACAGAGGACCAGUGGACACAGAGGAACAAGGGGCACAGAGGACUAGAGGAACAGUGGGUACAGAGGAUCAGAGGAACAGUGGAUACAGAGGACCAGUGGGUACAGAGGACCAGAGGAACAGUGGGAACAGAAGACCAGUGGGUACAGAGGACCAAUGGAACAGUGGGUAAAGAGGACCAGAGGAACAGUAGGAACAGAGGGAACAGUGGAACAGUGGGCGCAGAGGACCAGAGGAAGAGUGGAUACAGAGGACCAGAGGAACAGCGGGUACAGAGGACCAGUGGGUACAGAAGAACAGAGGAACAGUGGGCACAGAAGACUGGUGGGUACAGAGAACCAGUGGAUACAAAGCACCAGUGGGCACAGUGAACUAGAGGAACAGUGGGUUAAGAGGACCAGAGGACCAGUGGUCACAGAGGACCAGUGGGUACAGAGGACCAGUGAGUACAGAGGACCAGAGGAACAGUGGGUACAGAGGACCAGAGGAACAGUGGGCACAGAGGACCAGAGGAACAGUGGGUACAGGGGACCAGAUGAACAGUGGGUACAGAGGACCAAACGAACAGUGGGCACAGAGGACCGGAGGAACAGUGGGAACAGAGGAAAAAUGGGUACAGAUGACCAGAGGAACAGUGGGUAUAGAAGACAAAAGGAAAAGUGAGUACAGAGGACCAGAGGAAGUUUGGGUGUAGAGGAAUGGGAGAACAGUGGGGAAUAUGGGAAAAAAAGUUCGGAAAUAGUGGAACAGUGGGUACAGAGGACCAGAGGAACAGUAGGAACAGAGGGAACAGUGGGUACAGAGGACCAGAGGAACAGUAGGAACAGAGGGAACAGAGGAACAGUGGGCACAGAUAACCAGAGGAACAGUGGGUACAGAGGACCAGUGGGUACAGAGGAUCAGAGGAACAGUGGGAACCGAGGACCAGUGGGUACAGAGGACCAGUGGGUACAGAGGAGCAGUGGUCACAGAGGAGCAGGGGAACAGUGGGCACAGAGGACCAGAGGAAAAGUGGGUACAGAGGACCAGAGGAACAGUAGGUACAGAAGACCAGAGGAAAAGUGA